UCCAUUUGUGCCAAGGAAUGUGCCUGAGAAAGGAGGCUAGAGCAGCGGGUGGGGGAGCCUGGGACAGAGCUGGGCCCCAGACUGGGGCCACGGAGCCUGGAGAGAAAGCUUCACAGGGCUCCAGUGUCCAUUGACUGUGGCUGAGGCAAGGAGGGGGGGCGGCCCCUCUCCUGGGGGUGCCCCCCCCACUGAGCCACCAUGCUGAGCAUCAAGUUACCCCAGCUGCUCCGGGUUCAUCAGGUCCCUCGGGUCUUCUGGGAAGAUGGGAUCAUCUCAGGUUAUCGCCAUCCCACCAGCUCUGCCCUGGACUGUGUGCUCAGCUCCUUCCAGAUGACAAAUGAGACUGUCAACAUCUGGACCCACUUCCUGCCCACCUGGUAUUUCCUGUGGCGGUUCUUGGCCCUGGCCGAGGGUCCCGGCUUCUGGUCGGAUCCGUACCACUGGCCACUGCUCGUGUUUCUGCUGCUCAUCUGCCUGUACCCGUUCACGUCCUGCUGCGCCCACACCUUCAGCUCCAUGUCGCCCCGAGCCCGCCACAUCUGCUACUUCUUGGACUACGGGGCCCUCAGCCUGUACAGCCUGGCCUGUGCGCUCACCUACGGAGCCUACGCCAUGCCCUCCUCCUGGCUCAACAGCAACCUGCACCAGCUAUUCGUGCCCGCAGCCGCCGUCAACUCUCUUCUCUGCACCUUCCUUUCCUGUUAUUCGAGGUUUCUGGAACUGGAGAACCCACGGCUCAGUAAGGUCUUACGCACAGUGGCCUUCGCUUACCCUUUCUUCUUCGACAACCUCCCACUUUUUUAUCGGCUCCUGCUGUGUUCCAGAGGGAGCUUCAGCUGUGGGCAAGAAGCUCUGAGCGUCAACCACAGCUACCACCUGCUCUGCGCCCUGCUCACUGGUUUCCUCUUCGCUUCCCACUUCCCUGAAUGUCUGGCCCCCGGCCGCUUCGACUACAUCGGCCACAGUCACCAGCUGUUCCACAUCUGUGCCGUGCUGGGCACGCAUUUCCAGCUGGAGGCCGUGCUGGCCGACAUGGGGGCACGGCGGGCCUGGCUGUCGGCCCACAGCCCUCCGUCGUCCCUGGCAGCCACGGUGGCCACCAUGGGCCUCGCGGUGGCUGGGAACCUGCUCAUUAUUGCCAUCUUCACGAUUGCCCUGCUUCGUGCCCCCCAGGUGUGUCCCCUCCUGCAAGGGGACCCAGUCGGAGUCACUAGGCAAAGCCAAGGGGGAAUGAGGAGAGGAGGGAGCUCAGAAGGCUUCUUUCUCCCAGACACCACACAGCUAGCUACCCCCUCAGGUUGUGGCUCAGUCGCUGCCACCACUUCUUCUCCAUAGUUUUUCAUCUCUAGCAGAGAAAUAGAACAGAGACCCAGGUACCCCGAUCUUCAGGCUCGCACUCAGCCCUGGGAAGCGGAGGCACAAAGUCUGAGGCUGCAAGAAAGGGAGGCUGAGAGAGGACAAGAGAGGAUUGAAGGGGAAGUGGGGAACGGAGGGGUCAGCGUUGGCUGGGAUGAAAGGCAGGGGAGGAGACGGAGCAGGAGACCUCUUGUUUUGAGUAGAGGCAGGUGCUAAAGGUGAGAGAUGGGACAGGCUGGUGGGAGAAAGCUGGGGGAUCUCUCAAGUUCCCAGAGAGUGUACAAGCUCAAGGGGAUGGGAAGGUUCCUUGCUGGAUUCAAAUGGAAUUAGCUUGAGCUGUAUGGAAGAGAUCCUGGGGUCUAAGGACCACAGAUGGGGCCAGAGUAAGCCAUUAGGGAUAUUAGAAGUUCUAAUAGGGGCCACAUUAUUAGGUUAUUAUCUGGGCCUAGAUUAGAACAAUCUAGAGGAAGUGUUAUAGACACAGUAUUGGGUGUCAAAGAUUAAGGUGUCUUCUUGGGGAUCCCCCUUCGGGAUCAUGCAAAUAGGAAAUAACUCUUUGUAGGGAGCCUCGGAGUCCUGAGGAAACUAACACCAUUAAUUUAGACUUCACCAAAGGGGCCACCCUUUAACCCCAAUCAUUGGGACCAAAUUCAAGAGGGGAGAGGGACACUCAGUACCUGCCUCACCUGGCCCUCUAGCAUGAAGAAAUGACCAGAAUUAGAUCAUCUCCAAGCCAAGAUGGCAGGGGAGAUGAAGGUGAAGGAAUUGAUUGAUUCCUGGGAAAAACUGGAUUGAAAUGGUUACACCCCUCUUGGUGUGUGUAUCGCUUUACUAGCAAACUAUUUGCAAUAAAGAUCUUCUCUAUCUAA